AUGGCUAAUGGAGCAAGUUUUAUCGCGGAAAAACUAGAUUUAGAGCAGGAAGGGUUCAGAUCACCGCCGGAAAAUCAUAAUUUUGUAGAAAAGGAUGAGAAUAGUAAGGGGACGCGAGGAAGCGGAGAUGAAACUAAAGAUCCGAUGAAAGAGGAAAGACUGAAAGAAAUUCGCGAAGUUGUGGUAGAAGAAAUGGACAUUUAUAAAGAAAAACCGAAGGAAACGAAAGAGGAAUUAGAGAAAGUAAUUAGGCGGAAAAUGGCUGAAUUUAGGAAAGAAAUAAAGAAAUGGGAACAAGUCAGGGAACAGUUGGAAAAGAAGAUGCAGUCACUGGAACAAAACUAUAGAUUAGUGACAUUAGAGGGAGAUAAAACUAAUAGCAAUAUGAAUAAAAAGAUAAAAAAUCUACAAAUGUUAGGAAAAGGCGUUUGGUUAAUGCAAGGAAAACAACACUUUAGAGAAAAGGAAGAGGAAGAGAAUGAAAGGUUUGAGGAAGAGGCGGAGAAGGCCAGGACGGUAGAACAGGAGUGGAAGGUAGAAAAUAUGAAAAAAAGAAGAAAAGGAGUUUACGAACAUAUUAAAAUGGUAGAAGAGAGAAAAGGUAGAGUGAUAGAAUCAACGAGAUGGGUAGCAGAAAGGAGGGAGGUUUUUAGUGCUAGAGACGUAGCAGAUGGGACUCGAGAAAACUUUGAAGAACUAGAAAAAAGGUAG